AUGGGUCACAUCUGUGCAACAUGCGACAGUCCGUUAGGCGGCGUGGCCGAAAAACCGUGCAAUCGGCCGGGUAUCAAAGGCCUGCUUUCACAGGACAGCUUCCUGGCCUGUUUUGAUCCACAUCAACUGGCAAGCACUCUCCAAGUCAUGAAUGAAUCUAUGGCCAUGCCUUAUGCCACCAAAGGCGAACUUAAGGCCCGUGAACGUUGGUUUACGUCAGAGGCCCAAGUCGCGUGCGGAUAUAUGGGCUCCGAGAGUCUACUUGCCGACUUCCAUCCUAAGACGCCUCCCAACAGCCCACGCACGGCUCCUUUGGACCCUGUGCUAACCGAGCACAUGUCUAAACGUGCGCAGUUCCGCUGGCCUGCACAGUGGGCUGAUCCGAGCACGCCUCCCAAGCACAUCCCAGAGAAGAUCCAACCUUAUGUCGAGACACGAUGGGAAAACGAACGCAAAGAGUCACGUAGAGCGCCUGCCCACAGGAAACUCGUACAUCCGACAACGCAUUAUAUCCACUGCGGUAGUGGGGCACGGAUAUUGGGAAGGUUCAAGCGGCGGUCCUAUUCUUCUCUGGCUCGAGCUUCCUUCCCGUGCGAGUCGGACAGGGCCUCUUGCAGCUUGCGCAUCCCGAGAGGAUGCGUCGGUUUCCCACUGGACUGA